CAACCGAACCUCAGCUUCGGCGAAAUCACGACCCUGAGUUGCGGACCUUGUUCCGACACACUCUCUCCCUCUCCGUUCGAACUCGAUACUUGAUACCUGAUAGUCCUCACUGGCUUGUUAACCUAGUUUUGUUUUCGUUUUUUUUUUAUGAUUCACUGAUAGAGCGAUGAUCCAUCAGUGGCUCGGUGUUCAUCUUCGAUGUGAGCAGCCUACAAUUGAGUAAUGCAGGAUUUUGAUCCGUCUUUUGUUGGUUUUUGAGCCGCUUACAGUGAAAAAUUUCGUCUCGAGCAGUUGUUUUAUAAUUGACCCGGCAAAAUGGCGCAGAGUAACUGGGAAGCAGAUAAGAUGCUUGAUGUCUAUAUCUAUGAUUAUUUGGUGAAGAAAAAAUUGCAUAAUACUGCUGAGUCAUUCAUGACAGAAGGAAAGGUUGCGCCAGAUCCAGUAGCAAUUGAUGCUCCUGGAGGGUUUCUUUUUGAGUGGUGGUCUGUAUUCUGGGAUAUUUUUAUUGCGAGGACAAACGAGAAACAUUCUGAGUCUGCUGCAGCAUAUUUGGGGGCUCAACAGAUUAAAGCAAAAGAACUGCAGCAGCUUCAACUUAUGCGUCAAGCUCAUUUUCAAAGGAGGGAUCCUAAUCAUCCUCCUAUUGGUGGUACUGUAAAUGCUAUUUCUUCUGAAGGAAUGCUUGGGCAACCUACUGCCAGUGCAUUGGCUGCUAAAAUGUAUGAGGAACGGAUGAAACACUCUAACCCAAUGGAUACGGAGACAUCCCAACCACUUAUAGAUGCUAGAAUGGCCCUUCUGAAGUCAACAACAAGUCAUCCUGGUCAGAUGGUUCAAGGAAAUACUGGAAGUGUGACUGCAGCUUUGCACCACAUGCAGGCUCGAAAUCAGCAGACUCCUCAGGACAUUAAAAGUGAAGUCAACAUGGGUGGAAUGCAAAGAUCUUUGCCAAUGGAUCCUUCCUCAAUCUACGGGCAGGGAGCAAUGCAGUCAAAACCAGGAAUAGUCAAUCCAGGAUUGAAUCCAGGGGUCGGUGGUCUCACACUGAAAGGAUGGCCUUUAACUGGCAUAGAACAAAUUCGACCAGGUUUAGGAGCACAAGUUCAAAAACCUCUCCUUCAAAGUGCAAAUCAGUUCCAGCUUUUGCCCCAACAACAACAACAGCAACUCCUGGCUCAGGUUCAGGCACAAGGUAAUAUUACCAGUUCAUCAAUGUACGCAGAUAUGGAUCCUCAACGAUUGAGGGGAUUAGCUAGGGGUAGUUUGAAUGCAAAAGAUGGCCAACCGAUUGCAAAUGAUGGAUCGAUUGGUUCUCCAAUGCAAUCCACUUCAUCUAAGAUCAACAUGCCACAGAUGCAACAAUCUACCACUCAGCAACAGCAGGAUCCUUUGCAUCCACAGCAACUGCAGCAGAAUAACCGGAAAAGGAAAGGGCCUACAUCUUCAGGAGCUGCCAACAGCACUGGUACUGGAAACACGAUCGGCCCUUCUAAUUCCCAGCCAUCAACCCCAUCUACUCAUACUCCUUGUGAUGGAGUAGCGAUGACUGGUAACUUGCAGAAUGUUGGUGGUGUAUCCAAAGGUUUGAUGAUGUAUGGUGUGGAUGGCACAGUUGGUCUUGCAUCGUCCACAAGUCAACUGUUGCAGGAUGACAUGGAACGUUUUGGAGAUGUUGGCUCCUUAGAUGAUAAUGUGGAGUCUUUUCUCUCACAAGAUGAUGGUGACGGAAGAGAUUUGUUUGGCACCUUGAGACGGAACACUUCUGAGCACACAACAGAUGCUUCAAAAGGCUUUUCCUUUAGUGAAGUUGGGUCUAUACGCAAGAGCAAUGGCAAAGUUGUUUGCUGUCAUUUCUCAUCCGAUGGGAAGUUAUUGGCCAGUGCUGGACAUGACAAGAAGGUUUUUCUGUGGAACAUGGAGACACUACAAACAGAGAGCUCUACGGAGGAACACUCUUCUAUUAUUACUGAUGUUCGCUUCAGACCAAAUUCAUCUCAGCUUGCAACUUCUUCAUUUGAUACAACUGUGCGGCUUUGGGAUGCUGCAGAUCCAAACUUCUUUUUCCAGACAUAUACUGGUCACACCGCUCAUGUGAAGUCCCUUGAUUUCCACCCAAAGAAAAAUGAUCUUUUCUGUUCUUGUGAUGAAAACAGUGAGAUUCGCUUUUGGAAUAUUAAUCAACAUUCUUGCUCUCGUGUUUCCAAGGGAGGCUCUGCACAGGUAAGGUUUCAGCCAAGAACAGGACACCUUCUGGCUGCAGCGGCUGGUAAUGUUGUGUCCCUCUAUGAUGUUGAGACUGACAGGCUGGUGCUGUCAUUACAGGGGCACACUGCUGAUGUGCAUUCUGUUUGUUGGGAUACCAAUGGAGAUUACUUGGCAUCUGUGAGUCAAGAAUCUGUCAGAGUGUGGUCAUUGGCCUCUGGGGAUUGCCUUCACGAGCUUAACUCCCGUGGGCACAUGUCCCAUUCUUGUGUUUUUCACCCAAGCUACUCCACUCUCUUGGUUAUUGGAGGUUACCAGUCUUUGGAGCUAUGGAACGUGGCAGAGAAUAGAUCCAUGACAAUACCAGCUCAUGAGUGUGUGAUAUCGGCUUUAGCACAAUCACCAGUGUCAGGAAUGGUUGCUUCCGCAAGUUAUGACAAGUCCGUCAAGAUUUGGAAAUGAGUUUGAUUGUUCUUAUGGUUGAAACAGCCGAGUCAAGUGUUCUACUACCUGUUAUAUUCUUAAGGGCAGCCAGAGUCUGAACAAGAAGCUGUUGAAAAUUUUAUUUGAAACAAGGGGGAAAGAAAUCUUUCAUGCCACUACCCCUCCUUUUUUUUUUUUUUUACUCUCUCUGUCUCCCUUAACUUCUUCAUUAUUUAAUAUUUACCGUGUUAAUUUAAUAAGGGAGUUAUGUGUUUACUGUUUACGUU